UGUUCCCAGGAACCGCCACCCAGGGGACAGGUGGCAUCAGCAGCGUGUGACAGCCAGCCCGGGUGGCCGGGGACAGCGGGAUGGCCGGGAAGGUGGCGCUGCUCCUGUGGGCCCAGACCCUCGGCCUCGCUGGCGCCCAGACCACCCAGCUCCUCGUGGAGCCCCCCUGGACACCGCCGGUGCUGUGGGACCGGGUGACACUGACCUGCCAGGGCUCGGGCACCGCCGCUGCCACCACCUGGUACAAGGACGGGCAGCGCUGGCGGCUGCAGGGACCCGACCGAUUCGUUGUCACCAAGAGUGGCACCUACCAGUGUGACAGACCCGGCACCGGGCUGAGCCCCCCCGUGAACGUCUCCAAUGCCUGGCUGGUGCUGCAGGUGCCGGCGCGGGCGCUGCUGGAGGGGGACACGGUGACACUGCGCUGCCGGAGCCGGCAGAACAAAUCGGUGACCUCGGUGUCCUUCUACCACGAGGAGAAACAACUGCAGCUGUUCCGCGAUGGGACCGAGCUGUCCCUGUCCCCUCUGCGGCUGCACCACAGCGGCCGCUACCGCUGCAGGGGCUGGGUGUAUUACGAGGUGUCAGGCGGGUGGAUUGAGUCGGAGUCAGUGCCGGUGACAGUGACAGUGCACGAGCUGUUCCCGGUGCUGGUGCUGGAGGGUCCCCCCGAGCCCACCGAGGGGUCCCCCCUCAAUCUCAGCUGCCUCAGCAUCCCCCGCCCCCUGCGGCCCCGAGCCCCCCUCCUGCACCUCUUCUACCGGCACGGGCGGUUGGUGGGGGGCCCGCAGGGGUCCCCUCAGCUCCUGCUGCCCGCCGUGGGGGUCUCCCACUCGGGGAAUUACAGCUGCCAGGUGCGCUCCGAGCGGGGGCCGUGCGGAAGAGCAGCGCCCGGCUCCGCGUCACGGUGCGCAUGCCCGUGGCCAAUGCCACCAUCAGCCCCGGUGCCCUGGCACAGCCGGUGCGCGCAGGUGACCCCGUGACCCUGCGCUGCUCGGUGCAGGUGGGCUCAGCCCCUGUCACCUUCACCUGGCUGCGCAACGGCAACGAGGUGGCCCGGGGUCCCCUCCUGGAGCUCGGG